UGUCAACGCACAACCUUGGUGAGAGGACCAGAAAGGGCUGGGGCAUUGUAUUUCAAACCAAUAUUAGGGCUGGGACAGAAUUUAGGUUUUCAAACCAAUAUAGACUGACCACUGACUGCAAAAAGGAUUAAAAGUCAAAGCAAUAUGAAUGAUACUACGGGACUACUGAACCGAACGCUGGCUACGGACACGACUCAUGUGGGAGCGGACAAUGCGCGCCAGUGCUGCAACUUUUCCGCCGCCGCCUCGGUUAUCACGGACGAUGGCUUCGGUUUGUCCAUGCCAAGCGAACAGGACCUGUACAUCAUGCGCGUGGUGCAGAUCGCAGUGCUGUGCGUACUGUCUCUGACUGUGAUUUUCGGCAUCUUUUUCCUGGGCUGCAACCUUCUAAUCAAGUCCGAAAGCAUGAUCAACCUGCUCGUCGAGGACCGCAGACCCUCGAAGGAAGCAGAGGUUAUCAUGGUGGCGUCCUAG